AUGCGAUGCACGCCACUUUUCAGGUACACUCUUAUCCAGAGACGAAUCGACGGCACCAUCAACUUCAACAGGCGAUGGUCGGAGUAUCAGCAUGGCUUUGGAAACCCUUACGGAGAACAAUGGCUCGGCAAUGAUCUGAUUCAUCUACUGACUAAGCAGGUGGACGGAGCAAAAGAGCAUUACAAGCUGACCAUUGGCGAGUUCACCGGCAACGCUGGAGACUCGUUCGCCUACCACAACAAAAUGGCUUUUAGCACUGAAGAUAUGGACAACGACUUACACGAGCGCCACUGUGCGGCAGAGAACAAGGCAGGCUGGUGGUACAACAGCUGUUUCUACAGCCAGCUCAAUGGCAUCUACCACACAGCCUGGUACUCACAGAGCCAGUCCAACUACCCUGACGGCAUUGUCUGGUUCACGCUGAAGGACAAUGAGUUCUACUCUCUGAGAAAAGUGGAGAUGAAGCUGAAGCCCAAUAAAUCUGCAGGAUGA